ACAGCAGGUGAUGCAAUGGUACGUGAGAAAGAGGAGCAGAAUUCUCUGCAGGAAAAUGUUGAGCAAGUGGAUAAACACAGAGAAUUAUGGCAAAGAUCGAAAAGGAAUGUGUCCAGGAGUCAUGAGCAGGGAAACUCCUGUGAGAGUCAGCACAGACCAGAAAAAGAGCAGGGAAACCAGCCAGGGGAGAAAGUGGGUAAAUUAAUUUCACGAGAAGGAACUCGGAAGGACCUCAAGGAAACCACAACACAGCAGGAAAUCCUUAUGGGAAAGAGCAAAAAUACAUGCACUGAGUGUGGGAAAAACUUACGUGACUAUUCAGCCCGUAAAGAGCAUCAUAGAAUCCACACAAGGGAGAAGCCCCAUGGAUGCAGUGAGUGUGGGAAAACCUUCAGCCGCAGCUCACACCUUAUUACCCAUCAGAGAAUCCACACAGGGGAGAGGCCCUAUGAAUGCAGUGAGUGUGGGAAAAAUUUCACUCACAGAUUCAGCCUUAUUAAUCAUCAGAGAAUCCACAUGGGGGAAAGGCCCUUUAAAUGCCAUGAGUGUGGAAAAUGCUUCAUUAACACCUCAACUCUUUCUAAACAUCAGAGAAUCCACACAGGGCAGAGGCCCUAUGAAUGUAGUGAGUGUGGGAAAAACUUCACUCACAGAUCAGGCCUUUCUGAACAUCAGAGAAUCCACACUGGGGAGAGGCCGUAUGAAUGCAACGAGUGUGGGAAAACUUUCAAUCGGAGCUCAAACCUUAUUACUCAUCAGAGAAUCCACACAGGAGAGCGACCCUAUGAAUGCAGUGAGUGUGGGAAAACCUUCGCUUGGCACUCAGCCCAUGUUAGUCAUCAGAGAAUCUGCCAGGGAGCUCAACACCAUAAAAACCUCUAGGGCAGGGCUGCACAACUCGUAAAGCAGUGAGGGCCAUAUUACUCCAAAGAAAACAUCUGAAGGCUGAACUCCCCUCCCCGCCCAGCACCGACAGAACACCACCCCCACCAAAACACACACACACCCAGUGCUGCCUGCACUGUGGAAACAAACCCUCCUUCCCCAGUGCCACCCCGCUGAAACAGCUGUGGGCCAAAAAGGAAGAUUGGGGGGGAUACUUUAUUAAGAAUUUUUCAAUUAAAGCAAACUAUUUUUUAAAUUAUUAUUUUUAAUGAAUCAGGGAAAAAUGAAAAACACCUGUUUUGUUGAAAGAAAACUUUGUACUUUUCAUAAUUACCUUGCAAAUUUAAUGAGAGAUAUUGCAUCUCUUUUGGGCAACAAGCUUGUCGUAUUCAGGGGUCAUAUCUGAAGUGGAUAUUUUCAUUAUGUCUUCCAAAUGGUCGUCAGUCAGAGAAGAACAUUGCUUGUUUUUAUUCAUGUUCGUGGUGGAAAAUGAUUUUUCACAUAUGUAGGUGCUUCCGAAAAUGCUGAAUGUUUUCAGUGCAACUUCAAUAAGAUUCUUGUAUUUUUCAUCAUCCAGACUUUUGUAGAAGUCCCACAGGCUGCUUUCUCUGUGCUUAUAUCGGUAAACUGCCGAACAUUGAAGUUCAGUAACCUCCAAAUGCAAAUCUACUGGCACUUCCUCUGGAUCCACAGAAAAGGGAUCUUCAAUCAGCUUCAACUGGACAUCGUCGUCUUUAGACAAAGUAAGUCUUCUGUCAAAUUCUUCAAUCAAAAGAUUGAUGUGCUUUGCAUAUUUUUCUCCUAACUCAGCGUGUUUGUGCUGAGGGAUACACUGUGCACAAGUGGGAAAGUGACACAUUUCACCUUUUGACAGCCGACUUCUGAAAAGUUUCAAUUUCAUUUUGAAAGCUUUCACUGCUGCACACAUUUGAAAUAUAAGUUGAUUUUUUCCCUCUGAAGUUGAAUGUUGAGAUCAUUCAGGUGUGCUGUAAUAUCACAAAAGAAAAAGAGAUCUUGAUUCCAGGACUCAUUUUCAAGCUCUGGGAAUUUUAUUGGCCCAUUUUCUACGAAUUUUGCUACCUCCUCUUUCAAAGGAAUGAAACGGCGGAGCACUUUUCCUCGACUCAACCACCUCACUUCCGUAUGACUGCACUCAGUGUUUACCCCUUCAAGAAGGGCUCGGAAUGUCCUAUGUUUUAGUCCUCUAGAACGGAUGUAGUUUACAAUGGAAACUAUCACUGACGUUACAUGCUCAGAUUUUAAGACUUUCUACACAAAACCUGCUGAUGUAAAUGCAGUGAUGUUUGGUUAUUUGUCUCCCAAUAAAUUCUUCAAGAAGAGUAACUGCUCCAACAUUUUUUUCCACACAUAGCUGGAGCACUAUCAGUACAAAUGGCCAUCAAGUUUGUGAAAUCUAAUCCUGACUUAUCAUUCAUGCACUUUAUCACUUCACUGGAGAUUUCUUUUCCGGUUGUGUGACCUGUCAUGGAGCACAUGCCAGCAAGUUCUUCAGUAAUUUCAAAGUUAUUAUCAAUACCUCUAAUAAAAAUAAGAAGUUGGGCGGUGUCUUUUAAAUCGGUGCUUUCAUCCCUAGCUAGGGAGUAAAAGCAGAAUUCACUGACUCUCUGCUUUAACUGAUCACUUAGAUUGGUAGAAAUGUCAGCUAUUCUUCUCUGUACAGUCAUGCGUGCUAGACUGACAUUCUCAAAUAUUUCCCUCUUUUCUGGACAUAACUCAGAUACAGCAAUCAAGAUACACUUUUUUAAAAACUCACCUUCUGUGAAGCAUUUCCCAACAGCAGCAAUUUCCUUAGACAUUUGAAAGCUUACUUUAGUAACUGUAUCAUUCUCAGUAUGUACGUAUUUCUUCGUCCAUUCAGUGUUGAAGACGCUGUGCUCUGAUUCUCUUUUUCUCUUUUUCUUUUCACUCGUGGUAGCCAUUAUGAAGCUCAAGAUUUUAUUGAAUAAAUUCAUGCACAAGGGAAACACUCACAGUCACACACAAAGAGAAGAGAUCUCUCACGGUGCAUGGCCCACUAGCAAGGCACUGACUGUGUGUGGAAGCCUGUAGAGGGGGAAAGAAACAGCGCGCUUAGGGUGACCAGAUCACAGCAGUAAAAUAGGACCCACCCCCUCCCCUCUCAACCCCACCAUCACAUCCCUCUUCACUCCCUAACCCCCCGCUGGCUUGCUGCGUCCCUCCUAGUCAGUGCCCCACUCACCUCUUUUCACCUCCUCUCUCCCCUGCCAGAAACCCCCAUGCCCGCCCCUAGAAUCCCUGCUGCCUCACUGCUCGCCUCUUUGCCCACUCGCCCGCCUCCGACUUGCUGCUCACCCCAGCUCGCCCCCCCCCCCCGAAGUAUAAAGCCUCAUUCAAAGACCCAGGGAUCACUAUAUUACUGCACACAGCAGUCAAUCAAUGCAGUUGUAGAUACAUCUCUGCAUUAUCUAUUUUUGUAUAACUUGUAUAUCACUUUGCAUUGAACCUUGGUAGUAUGUUAUAGCGAGCCCCUAAGGUAGUAUAAUUAAAGUAAAAGAAAAAUG